CCCUACUAGCCGUUGCCCCUUUCCCUUUCUUCCGAUCUCCGAUCCAUCGACCGACCAAAUCCCCUCUCUCCCCAAGCUUCCGGCUCCCCAAUCUCUCUCCUUCCCUUCUUGGCGACCCACCCUUUGGCCGUCCCGUGACCGAAAUCCCAUGGAGACCGCCGUUCUCGCGCCACAGCAGGUCAACCCGGCUCAAGCGGCGGUGCCGCAGACCAGGAACGCGGCCGCCAUGGCCGCCAUGCGGAAGCUCGGCGCCGCCAGCGCCACCUCGGCGAGGAGGAAAACACUCUGCGAUAUCACCAACCUGAGGCGGCCGCUGGCGGCGGCCGAUGAGGAGCAGCAGGACGGGUCGAGGUGCGCGGACGGCGUGGAUGGAAUCGCGCGGUUGGUCAAGGAGAACUCGGAUCUUGUGAAGCUCCUGGAGGAGAGAGACAAGUUCAUAGAGUUGAGCGGGGCUGAGCUGCAGAAUCUGCGGCUGGCAAACUGGCAGCUUGCGCAGGCUAAUUCUCAGAUGUUAGCAGAGCUAAAUCUUGGCAAAAAUAGGCUGAAAUCGCUACAACAUGAGCUUACGUGCUCCAGAGCUGCCCUCAAAGUAAAAUCAUCGGAACUUGAGGAGGCAAAGAAAGCGCUGAAGAGCAGCAGACUCCAGCAACAGAAGAGCGCGAACGAGACGGCACGGCACUUGGCUGCCGACAGAGCUGCAGCAGCUGCACAGCUCAAGGAUGGAGACGCGGAGCCCGCUUCGGAUGCGUCGCGCGCCGCCAGUGCCAAGAAGUCUACCUGCAACGCCAGCCGGAAGAGGCUGCUGAGAUCUCGAUCUCUGGGCCCUGCGGUGGCGCCGACGAAGCUGGUGGCGGCGUCCAAGGAGAGGGAGAGCGCACAGAGACGCAAGUCCAUGAGAACGCCGCAGCCGAGUGGGCGCAGGGAAGACUUGUUCGAGAUAGAGGACGUUCAGCUCACCGCCGGCAGUGGAGAUGACAGGAAGGAGACGUCGUGGGAGCUGGAUUCGUCAGUGCAAUUCCCACGCAGGUCGUCGCUGGGGAGGCCGCUCCGGCGGGCCACAGAGAAGGUCACCUCCUACAAGGAGAUGCCUGUCAACAUUAAGCUUAGGAGGCCCUAAGCAGUAGCACAAGUUGGUUGCAGUUUUUUGCAUCCAGUUAGAUUAUGUAUGAUGAGUUGCGAUUAUUUGUUUAUUCUUUGGUGGCCUUCUGCUUCUAAGCAGCCAGCGGUGUGUGUGAUUGUGGUGCGAAAGAAUGGCACAGAAGCUAGCCAUAUGGUGUUGAGGUUCAACUGGCAAACUGAUUCAAGUAA